CCCGGCUCGAGAUCCGUCUGUUCAGCUGUUGUGGCGCCGCCGUUUUGGAUCUAAGCGCCUACCCGUGACACCCAGAGAACCCAGGCCUGGCAAGUAAACCCUCUACCCCCUCACUUUCUCUACCCAGCGCUCACAAGGAGCAACAAGAUGACAAGACCGCGCGCCCGGGCCACCAGCGAAGCCGCUCUCUCGCUUAGCCACACCCCCUUGGUUGCUAAAAUGCCUAGUCCCUGCCCCUCGGGCCGACGCCAGCAGCCACGUAUCACGUUUGUACGUGUCUCGGCCUAAAAGCGGAAGUUACGCAGGGACUCGCGAGCUCUGUGGCGGCCCUGAAAGGAUAUAGGCCGUGGAGGGAAGGGGGCGGGCAGACGGCAUAGGAAGGCGCCGGAAGUGGUCCCGCAGAGGCGGGGUGGGAGUGGGGCUCCCGAGGCAGUGCACUUGGCUGUAGCUGGGCGCCUCGGUUAGGUGCGCUGUCAGUCCUUUCCGAGUGCCUGGCCCAGUCUCUCCCGCCUCGGCCCAACAUGGACUUCAGAGAAAUUCUCAUGAUAGCUUCCAAGGGACAAGGUGUCAACAAUGUGCCGAAAAGGUAUAGUUUGGCAGUGGGGCCUCCAAAAAAAGACCCAAAAGUUAAAGGUGUCCAAUCAGCAGCUGUACAAGCUUUUCUUAAAAGGAAAGAAGAGGAGCUGAGACGAAAAGCCUUAGAGGAGAAGAGGAGAAAAGAGGAACUAGUGAAAAAGCGAAUUGAGCUCAAACAUGACAAGAAAGCAAGAGCUAUGGCCAAGAGGACAAAGGAUAAUUUCCAUGGUUACAAUGGGAUUCCUAUUGAGGAAAAGUCAAAGAAGAGGCAGGCAACAGAAAGCCAUACCAGCCAAGGAACCGACCGAGAGUAUGAAAUGGAAGAAGAGAAUGAAUUCCUUGAGUACAAUCACGCAGAGUCAGAGCAGGAGUAUGAGGAAGAGCAAGAACCUCCCAAAGUUGAAAGCAAACCAAAGGUCCCCCUUAAAAGUGCCCCACCACCCAUGAACUUCACUGAUUUACUCAGGCUGGCUGAGAAAAAGCAGUUUGAACCAGUGGAAAUCAAGGUAGUGAAGAAAUCAGAAGAGCGACCUAUGACCGCAGAAGAACUUAGGGAGCGAGAAUUCCUUGAACGAAAGCAUAGGAGAAAAAAACUUGAGACAGAUGGAAAACUACCUCCAACUGUGUCCAAAAAGGCACCCUCUCAGAAAGAAAGUGUGGGCACAAAACUUAGCAAAGGUUCUGGAGACAGGCAUCCUUCUUCCAAAGGAAUGCCCCUUCCUCAUGCUGAGAAGAAAUCAAGACCCAGCAUGGCCAAUGAGAAACACCUCGCUUUGUCUUCAUCCAAAUCCAUGCCAGGAGAGAGGAUCAAGGCAGGAUCUGGCAAUAGCUCCCAACCCUCACUUCGUGAGGGCCACGACAAACCUGUUUUUAAUGGAGCUGGAAAGCCUCAUUCCAGCACCUCUUCACCAAGUGUCCCAAAGACUUCUGCUAGCAGGACUCAGAAAUCUGCUGUUGAGCACAAAGCCAAAAAAUCUCUGUCCCAUCCUAGCCAUUCCAGGCCUGGGCCCAUGGUCACCCCACACAAUAAGGCUAAGAGUCCAGGUGUCAGGCAGCCAGGCAGCAGCUCUAGCUCAGCCCCUGGGCAGCCCAGCACAGGGGUUGCUCGACCCACAGUUAGUUCUGGCCCUGUGCCUAGGCGCCAGAAUGGCAGCUCCAGCUCAGGACCUGAGCGAUCAAUCAGUGGGUCCAAGAAGCCAACCAAUGACUCAAAUCCCUCUAGGCGGACAGUCAGUGGUACAUGUGGCCCUGGACAACCUGCAAGCAGCUCAGGUGGCCCUGGGCGACCCAUCAGUGGUACAGGUAGUUCUGCAAGACCCUUGGGCAGCUCUCAUGGCCCUGGCCGGCCUGUGAGCAGUCCACAUGAACUUCGACGACCAGUGAGUGGCUUGGGCCCCCCGGGGCGGUCUGUCAGUGGCCCUGGGAGAUCCAUAAGUGGCUCAAUUCCAGCUGGACGGACUGUCAGUAAUUCAGUCCCAGGAAGACCAGUGAGCAGCUUGGGACCUGGGCAAACAGUUAGUAGCUCAGGUCCCACUAUAAAGCCUAAGUGCACUGUUGUCUCCGAAACAAUUUCUUCCAAGAAUAUCAUUAGCCGGUCCAGCAAUGGACAGAUGAAUGGAAUGAAGCCUCCCCUAUCUGGCUACAGAGCUGCCCAAGGUCCUCAAAGGCUUCCCUUCCCUACUGGUUACAAAAGGCAGCGAGAAUAUGAAGAGGAAGAUGACGAUGAUGAUGAAUACGACUCUGAAAUGGAAGAUUUUAUCGAAGAUGAAGGAGAGCCUCAGGAAGAAAUAUCCAAGCACAUUAGAGAAAUCUUUGGUUAUGACCGAAAAAAAUACAAAGAUGAAAGUGAUUAUGCCUUACGUUACAUGGAAAGUAGUUGGAAAGAGCAGCAGAAGGAAGAAGCAAAGAGCUUAAGACUGGGUAUGCAAGAGGACUUAGAGGAAAUGAGACGUGAAGAAGAAGAAAUGCAACGUCGAAGGGCCAAGAAGCUGAAGAGGCGUUAGCUGCUGCUUUCAUUUUUGUGAAAUUCUAUAGCUGCUCUGCUGCAAGGAUUUCCUGCCUUCAGACUGAAGAAGCCCCCUUAUCAUUUUAGAUUUAUACUUGGGUACUCAAGGAGAAGGAAUGCAUACUGUCAUUUGCAGGCUGUCAUUUGAGCAUAAAAUAUUUUCAGAUAUUUUCCAGGGUGAAAUCUGUAAUGCAGAUGAUAUAAUGCCCACUUGUGCUCUUAUGAAGUUAACUGUUCACAGAUGCCAGCCUUGAUCCUGAGGAGCUAUGCACUCUAAUGUGGGGCCACUCACCAGUCAGCCAAUCUUUUAUUGUUCCUUUGCUACUUUGAAAGGAAAAAAAAGGUUGUCUCUUGAUUUCUAUAAUUCUGCUGAUCUGUGAGUAGGGCACUGCCCUGCUCCCAAUCACACUUAGUCUUUUUAUGAGAAACCUGGACCUUCCAUGAAUGUUGCCAGCAAUAAAGUGACUUGUCCUAAUCUAUGGAUUGAGAACUUGAAAAUGUAGAGUAGAAUUUAUAACUAUCAUAUGGAUGUCAUCCUGUGACUUUGAAGUACAAAGUAGAAUAAAUUCUGUAUUCAUGGAUUGGAUGCUGAGCAUUCUCACUCAUUAAUUUAGGUGGCUAGGAAUUAAUGAAAAAAUUUUCAAGUUAAAAUACAGGUUAUAACAGUAUAAUAUUCUUUUCUAAGUUUUCCUUUCAGAUUUACUGUUAUGUUGGCUUUAGUGUAAGACAAGGUCACUGUGCUGAUUGAUUUUUAUCUAAAAAAAUUCAUUUUUAUAUCGAAGAAAAAAUAUUUUAUUCAAACAUUAGAUUUGAAAGAGUAAUAGUUUAUAAAAUAAGGAAGUAACAUGUGAGGCUCUCCCCUCCUCCCCUCCCCCAUCAUAAAGAUAUUUUGAAAUCCCAAGGUGCCCUCGUACCUCUUGACAUUAAUGACUUCAUUUUUCAGCUUGAAUUUGUUAGCAAAUAUUAAUGGCAGAAAACCAAAAACUAAAUUUAUGGUAUCGAGAGCACCACCUUCUCUUUUUGCCCAUAUUGCACUUUGAUUUCAAACUAUGCACUGUGAAGAGAUUUUUUUCCCCAGGUAGGAAGGGAUGUUCCCUGUUAUCGUUAUUUUACUGAGCUGUGGAAACUCAUUUUUACCCUUUUUAAAGUCAUAAAUAUGGACUUAAUAGCCCUUAACCUUCAAGUCCAAGCAGUUCCAAUCAGGCUGACUUAGGAUCAUGCUGGAAGGAAGCCAAGUCUCAAGAACUGUCAGCAACAGAAAAUGAGAUAUGAUGCUAGAGAGCAUUUGUCCUUGACUGUAAGUACGGAGGCUUAGGGGAAGUGAGACAUAAGCUUGUAGGAAUAAUAAACGUUCUACAAUAAACGUUCUGGCUAUCUUAAGCCAUUGUAUGGGGGGGAUUAGGAAGUAGGAGGGAUUGUCCUACAACAGGCCCUUAUACUUCAACAGCCCAAAUAUUUUGGUUUAUUCCUUUUUAUCCAUAAAGUCUUUAUUCUUCAAGUUUGGGUAUUAUAGAUUACCAUUGUUAGCCUCCCUUAAUGGGACCAUAUGAGCCAGGCUUUUAAGACGGACUCAUUUUGAAUUGAGUUUCAAACUUUGAAAGUGCAAGGAUUUAAUUUUUAAGUUGAAUCCCAUGAAAGGUGUCAUCAUCACUAGGAAUAACACCCUUUGUAACUACAUAUAGAACUGUUACAAUAGUAGCAGAAAAUCCUAUUGAUUUCAUCUCACCCAUUUCAGAUACCUUCAGUGAAAUUAAGGGUAGUGUGAUGUCCCAUGUAAUAAAACAGGCUUAGAACAUCAAUUCCUCUGCUGCCAUUUAUGUGCUUUUAUUCCCCCUUCAAAAAUUUUUUAUUGGAUAUGUAUAUUUUUCAGUAUUCAGACUCUGAAAUCUGUCAUUACAAUCAAGUGCUUGUCACAGCUGAAAGAUUUCUGGUGGCUUAAAGUUUACUAACAGUAAAUUUAUGAUAUGGUACAGUUCUUUGUACAGAAAGGCACCAUUAUGUUAGAAUAAAUUUCCAGAACUUAGUGGGAAGAAUCAGGUUUUAACCUUGUGUGUCUGUUACUUCUGAGUGCAUUUCUAUAAUAUAAAUGUUGAUUUGCAUCAACAUUAUAAAAGAGCACUUCUGUGGCUCAUUUAAAAGAAAAAAAAGGUUAAGUCUUUUAAAUUUUGGCCUUGUUUCCAAAUCCUGUCUUCCAUGUUGUUUUUCUGCACUUCCUGACCACUCUUAUAAAAAGCUCACAAACCUUUGAAGAAACUGGAGUAGGCUGUUAUUUCAUUAAGGUUUACAAAUUAAAUGCUUGAUUUUUAAUGUAUUCUCUACUGUUUUGAUUUUUGGAUUUUCUUAAUUCAACAUUUGAAGAUGUGCCUUUUGGGUAAUGUUAAUCACGAAUGUAGUAAUAUUUCAUGAUUGUAAUAAUGUUACAUGAUCAUGGGUGUGGCAUUCUCUAACAAAUGAUGUGAAAGGAAAGUAGUUUUCAUAAAACUCAUGGCUCUGAUUGCACAGUCCUACUUGCUUUUGAUAUUGCUAUGUCAAAGCAAAGGGCACUUCUUUUAAGGCUACUUUCAGAACUUUGUAUUUUCGCUAAACUAUAAAUGCAGUUGUGUCCAGUUGGAGGCCAGGGUACCACAUGUCACAGGCAGCCUUACAUGUGUGCCGUGAAAAGGUUCAAAGACCGUUAACAAAAAAGUAAGUCUGGCCGGGCAUGGUGGCUCAAGCCUGUAAUCCCAGCACUUUGGGAGGCCGAGGCGGGCGGAUCACUUGAGACCAGGAGUUCGAGACCAGCCUGGCCAACAUGGUGAGACCCCAUCUCUACUAAAAAUAAAAAAAUUAGCCGGGUGCAGUGGUGCGCACCUGUAAUCCCAGCUACCGGGGAGGCUGAGGCAGGAGAAUCACUAGAACCUGGGAGGCGGAGGUUGCAGUCAGCCAAGAUAGCACCACUGCACUCCAGCCUGGGUGACAGAACGAGACUCCAUCUCAAAAAAAAAAAAAAAAAAAAAAAGAAUGUGGGAACUCAAAUUUUCAUUUUUAAUGUAAUCCCCAAGAUUUUCUCCAAGAAAUAAAUUGUUGUUUUGUAUUUUGUAACUUAAAAGCAGCUAUUGGUAAAUUUCUGAGAUAUAGCAGGAGACCAAAACAUGUUUGGAAAGAGAAUAAAUAUAUGAAGAGAGACUGGUUGUUUUAUUUUCAAUGUACUGAAUAUAUUAGACUACUAUUUAUUUUCUGAGUGGAUGUGAUUAAAUAUUCAGACGUUUAGUGUAUGAUUAAGAGUGAGAUAGAGAUUUCUUUGGAGUAAUUAAAUCCAUCCUGUCUUUUACAUAAUGGACAAAUCAAGUUAAAAAAUUUUUAGAUAGCUUAGCUUGUUUUCUGGUGCUGUUGACCUGCAAGAGAAUAUACUUUUGCAUAUACAGGUGAAAGUUUUGCAAUUUAUGUAUACAAGAAAUUGUAGGCAUUAAAAAUAUUUUAUUGA